CGCGCAUACGUCCAUCACUGUUCCGUGCGUUGGUCAUCCGAUCGUCGGUGCCAACUAGUGCGAAGAUCAUCAUUGCCGGGUGCGAAGCUCAUCGCACAACGGGGAAAUAGAGCGUGCGCGAGGUCAACACCGGUGUCUUCCUUCCAACUGCUGUCUCCAUUACUGGCGCCUACCGGCAGCGUCCCUAGAACAUUAAGCAAUGAAAUCGUUGCCCGUAUACGUGUGGUGUUUGAAGCAACCGCGAAAAGUGUUCGUCGUGCGACUGCCACUGAUUGGUGAUAACGCAAAGUGAAACAAAGUGCUGGGUUUUGCUGCUGCAACGGGGCGUACCACACGUACGUGGUCGGUGUUCGGUCGGAUCGCAGUGAAACAGUGUAGGGGAGGGAGAGCAAGUGUUAUCUUCUUUGUAUGCAAAAUUCCAACCCGUUGCGGAACGGUACGUGGGGAUUACCGGGAAAGAACUGUUCGUGCACGGGUGUAACUGCAUUCCCAGCGACUGCGGUGUUUUCGUGGUCAAGGCAAAUGUUGCUGGAUUUACUUUCGCGUGCGCUCGCGUGUGUGUGUCCGCGUUGAGUGGUUAGGAUAAGCGUGAUUUAUUAGCCCACAAUUAAGCAUCAUCUUCACACAAUACAUCACUCCGGCGCUGUUGCAGCUUCCGACCCUUAUAUUUCACGCACGCAUUGAAACAGAACUGCGUUGUUCCUUGCGUUGCGCCACACGAUGAGUCUCGAAACGAUGAGCGAUCUGAGGAAAAAGUACAAAAACUGGAGAUCGUACGUAAAGUUUGUAAAGCUAGUUUCAGACGCCGGAAUGGAAGAUGAAACCAUGUUUGGUGAAAAGCAAUCGAUACGAGAUUCGGCCCGCUCGCUGAAGAAGUACGGCAGCAUAUCCGGCGGAAGUCGAAGCCCGGCCGCACUGCAACCCACGGAUGCGCUGAUACGGCACGAUGUCGAGCGGACCGACACACUGCAAGGUCUUGCCUUGAAGUACGGAUGUAGCAUGGAACAAAUUAGACGAGUAAAUAGGUUACUGCCAACGGAUACGAUCUUCCUGCGGCCGUUUCUUAUGAUCCCGGUACCGAAAGAUUCGCCCCACUAUCCAAAGGAUCCGGAAGCAAUCAUACGUCCAAAUGCGCUGGCGAGCCGGAUGACAUCCGGGAGUGGUGGUUCUGCUGCUAGUGGUAGCGGUAACAGCAUUAUUAGCAACAAUAACAACAGUAUCAGUUCCGACGGUAAUGGAUACUCGCUGAGCGAGGAAUCUCCGCUCGUCUCGCCGGAGGAGGAAAGUCGCAAGAAUCUGGAAGAAUUUUUGGGCAAAAUCGACAGUUCGAUAGCGUCCACCCGCAAAUGCAUUGCGGAAGUGCAGCGGAACAGUGACUUCGUGACGAGCAGCCAGAGCGACGACAACCUGUUCUUCUCGUCCUCUUCGGGCGGUGGUGUUAGCGGGAGCGGUAGCAGUGGGUACUAUUCGAAACCGCGUGCCUAUUCGAAUGCGUCAUCUUCGUCCUCGAUCUCGUCUUACCAGCAGUAUCACUAUCACGUCCCGAGCGGUGCCAACAGUUCGCAACACGCUGGUGGUAGUGGUACGAACCAUCACAAGCGCCAGAGUUCCUCGGGCAGUGCCGCAUCCGACACGAAUCAGCUGAUCGUGAUGACGCAAGGGAAGCGGGUGCAAAGUUCACUACAAAAGUUGGAACGUCAACAAGACGAACUGUUCGAAUUGUAGCACCAACCGUGGCUUGGAAAGACGUAUGCCACCGGAAAUUCGCCCGUGAGCUGUGCGAUGAAUUACGACGGUUGCAUCCAGCCCGACGAGAACUGUUCGAUUGGUUCGGAAACACAAGCGCUGGUGGUGGUUCCUGCUGGAUACGUUGGCUCCUUAGCAGCACGCUAUCAUCAUCCUAAUCAUCCUCAUCACUAUAUUACUCGGUAUGUACGCCAUCGGCAUACGUUUCACGUACAACUACAAACGUUUGGCGCUAGUUUGAAGGGUCGGCUGGGGAGUAUAGUUGGCGUAAUGAUUAAUCGUACGCGACGCACCGGGAGUAUUAUGUUGGCGUCACCACCCGUCCCAACAAUCGAAGGUACAAGGCUGUAAUCGUAAAAGAUUCCUUGCGUACCGUUAGUUUGUUUUGUCGGCAUCUCGAAGGAUAUCGCUUCGAUAAAGAAAGUGUCUGAAGAACCAGAUUGUGCUAAUUAUAGCAUUCAACCAAGGCCUUCAUCCCAAAUCACGACCAUUUUCAAUGAGCUAAGCAUAUAUUUAUCCAACUUAGGUUUAUUUUUUUGCACCCCAAUUCGGGACGGUGCUUUGUGGAUGGGUUUUGGGUGAGUCGAAAGUCGUGCUCGUUGUAUUAUUUUUGCCCGGAUACUCGUACUUUCGUACAAAGUGGUUGGGUAAAUUCCACCGCACCGAGAUAAGUGCGGUAUCAAACAAAGUAUAUUUUUGAUGUUUGAAGACAAGUAGUCCCCAGUUUGAUGAUACAGCGCACAUACACACACACAUACAAUCUCCGUGUGAUAGUGCAUGCAGUAUUGGGACAAAAAAAGGUGUAAAUGUGUAGGUGCAAAUGAGAGUGCUGAUUCGAAUAGUGAUUAAACAGAUGGACGAAAACACAAAAAGGAAGAGAACAAUCCGACCGAAAGGUGCUAUUAUAUCUAGAUUAGAAGAACAUAUACACUCAAUCUGUGCAUCAUUUAAUCAGCUUCAGCGGUGCACAUUUACUACACCAAAACCAUCUUAGCGCGUAUGGACAGCACGCAGUCCAGAAGAUAUCGCAACUCGUUACAGAUAAGCCCCCGUUCCACAUCCAUAAAUGACGUUAAAUAGGUCGUCUUUGUCAGUGGUGUCUUGCGAAGAAAGUGCGAUAAGUUCUUGAGUAUCUUACAUCCAUUCGUACUAAACCCUCAUUCCUUCCUCUUCCAAGGAACGGGUGAUAUGAUUGACCGUAGUGUGGAUGUGGAGUGACGUAGUACUACCGAGAAAAGCGCACUCCAUUCAGCGACAAUCGUUUCCAACAAUCGUUCGACAACCGGACGUCAGUUAGCGACAAACCGCAGAAAUGCGCGGCUUUUUAAUUCACGCCCAACGUAUCUAUGUUAAUCCCUUGCUUUGGGUGUGAUGACUGCGGGGUAGUGUUAAUUGCAUACACAAUCCGGCACCUGGUUCCGGUGGAAUCAAACACCCUUACCCCUACCCUGCGAGGUGUAUUUGGCGCUCGUCUUUUGCGUACCUCACAAUGUCUAGAGAUUGUGGACAUAGUUAGUUUACAGUUGCAGUUUAAAAAUAAGCGAAUCUUGCAUACUCAUGAAACAAGCAGAAGGUUUUUUUCUUUUUAAAAAAAAGUCCACAUUUUAUUGACUCCAUACAUCCAAUAGUGAAUUGUCAUCCCUUCCGAUCAUUUAUCAUUACUACAUAUCGCCGUGAAAUGUUUUAUCAAAAGUAGUAAAAUUAAGGUAAAGCACCGCAUAGGAAGGAUUUGGCAACUACACUGAAUAGGAAUUGAAUUGCAAAGAGACACAAACAGAGAAAGAGAAAGUGAUCGGCUGUAUGACGAACAAAUUAGCUAACCAAACGAAUCAAAUAAUAAUAUCAAUCGUUUUCCAGUAAUUUGCUUUACAAGUUGCUCAUCAGUUGGAGUUGGAAAAAAAACUCUGUUGUAGGUAUUUUUCGAAGGAGUAAAUUGUUUAUAAUCCACAAUCGCAUACGGCACAGUGCAGAACCAAAGUAUCAAUAUUAAAACGCGCUCAAACGUCUGAUUUUAUAAUGCAAAUUGUCUGCAAAAGCUUAAGCUGGCGUGAAAUGAAUUCAUGAAUUAUUAAUUAUUAAAACACUACUGACUAGUUUGGUUGGAUUUCCGUACUGAUGUAUUCAGUGUGUUUAGUUAUCUUCAUCAACAGCGUGUGCUGAUAAGCGGUGUGAAAUUGGCAGCAUACUAACGUUUAUUAUUUAAUUGUAACAAAAUGGAGAAACAAAAAAAAACGCUAAAACUCUGCUGUACAAAUUUAUUACCAUUUUGAUGCCAUUUUGCAUACAGAAAUUAAAA